GUCUGUCGCUGCAUCACCACUGUUGAGAAAACCACCACAACCUCUUCCUUCUAGGUGGUUCUUGACGACGAAACCCACUCAACGGGGCGUGGUAAUCGACCUGUACAGUGCACCACGUCAUACGACGACGGUUUCCUAGCCGCCGAGAUAUUGGGAUAUCGAACACUGGUACGUUGCGGCGGAUUGUGGGCGAGCGUCACUAGAAAUCGUCGCGCUUGUGCUGGCUUGGAUCUAAUGUGGCCUCUACAGGGAUAAGCACCGCCAUUGCUGUCUUCCAAAUAGGACGGAAACAUAUCCAUCGACGACCGAAACCAUCGACUGCGCAAUCCCAGACUUGAGGUCGUUGGUCUCCCGCGAUUGUUCAGUCUGGGAAUUCGCGCGCCUUAAACACUCGACUUGCCUGCCCGCGUGACGAAUUGGAUGGAAGCAGAUGCCCAACAUGCCCGCGAAUCACCCCGAAAACGCCCUGUCCAACGGACAUGAUGAGACCUCGCACGCUUCUCACAAUGCCGGCGCCGGUUCCAGAAAGGGAUCGGCCAAAUCCAAGAAGGCCUCCGGCGGCCCUGCCAGCAGCGAUGAGGCGACACGACUUCUCCAGGCCAGGAUCUCCCAGUUGGAGCAAGAUGCUACAGCGGACAAGGAACAGGAGGCGGAGAUUGAACGUGAGGUUAAGCGUGCCCACCGCGACAUGAUCAACCAAACUGCCAAGAUGGACGAUGUGCCCAAGAUCGACUUUCUGAUGAAGAAGUCCAGCGACCUUCUUGCGGAAAUGCGCCGGGUCGACCGCGAAAACCAGAAGAAUAGGAAGCGAGGUGACGUGCUACAAAAGGAGCGCGACAACAGCCGCUCGGAUCUGUCAAAGCAAGUGCAACUUAAGGAGAAACUCGAGAAGCUGUGCAGAGAACUGCAAAAGGACAACAACAAGCUCAAGACAGAGAAUAAGGAACUCUACACGACACACGUGCAUGCCAAGAGCGCAUCGGAUGAACGCUUUGCGCAGGUUCUUGCCCGGCUUGAGGGUUGCCAAGAGGACAGAGACGUGCCCAAGAAGCAGGUGGUCGACAUAGCUAUGGAGGAUCUCUUCAAAACUCGCUUCAAGUCGCUCAUUGAUCAGUACGAGCUACGUGAGCUACACUUCCAUUCCCUCAUGCGGACAAAGGAGCUGGAAGUGCAGUAUCACAUGUCGCGCUACGAGAGGGAGAAGAAGAAUGCCGAAGCGGAGUCAUCAAAGUCUCGCCAACUGCAAAGCCAGGUCCAGGCAUUCACCAAGACGGAGACGGAGUUGAGAAAUCAGCUCAAUAUCUAUGUCGACAAGUUCAAGCAGGUCGAGGACACGUUGAACAAUAGCAAUGAUCUCUUCUUGUCUUUCCGGAAAGAAAUGGAGGACAUGUCCAAAAAGGGCAAGCGGCUGGAGAAGGAGAACGACGCCCUCAAGAGACAUAAAGACGCUACCAACGCCAACAUUAUCCGCAUGGCCGAGGAGCGUCAGGAGUGGAAAAGGAAGAGCGACGAGGCCGACCGGAAGAGCAACAAGCUCAUGAGCAUCAUACAGGGCAUGCAGCAGCAAGGCCGGCAGGUUCCUCCCAACUUGGCAAGCACCCUCGACAGCUACAACGACCCGCACCCCCAGGGCGAGGGCGAUGAGGAGGAAAGCGAGUAUUCCGAGGAGGAGGAGGAGCUCAGCGAGUUUGAUGAGGCUGAAGACGACGAGGAUACAGAGGAUGAGGUCCGUUCUGGGAGCCAGGCCGCGCCGGUCUAUGGGCCAGAACGGCCACCUCACCAACAGGUCCAGCCUAGCGUCAAUGGCCACUAGAAGACGAUGAAUACGCAAGUAUUUGUUCGUUGCACACUUCCAGGCGUGAUUAACUGAUGUCUUGCCAACAUGAACUGACCCUCUCUGAGCGGCCUGUAGCUCGCUGGUGCGAGCCAGGUCGUACCCCAGGCCGCCAGGAGUGCAGCUCGUGCACGUGGGACUGCAUUGAGGUACUGCGUUGGAGAAUGGCCGGCCAUGAGCAGAACGUAGCCGUCGAUGCUAGUGAAUGCGUUGUGGCUGUGGUUCCAGUGAAUGCUGGCGUUGGGACCAGGCCUUAUUACACCCGUAGCCAGAUCGCAUCCAAUGCCCAUGUCAUGAGUGGUGAGGUCGGGAGUUUCUAGGAAAUUGAACCUCCGAGUAUUUCCAUAUCUGUAAGCCAAGGGAGAACGUUGGC